GACCCAGGAGGAGAGGGAAUUGGCCGCAGGGGCAGCCGCCGCCGCCGGGAGAGAGAUUUUGAGAGUAAUGCAACAGAAGACGUUUGAGGAAAGCAGAUACCCCUGGCAGGAGUCAUUUGAAAAUGUCACCAUUUGCCUACCUUUCCGGUGCCCAAGAUGCGGCGACCACACCAGGUUCAGAAGUCUGUCUUCCUUGAGGGCCCAUUUGGAGUACAGCCAUACCUAUGAUGAUAGAAGCCUUCUGACCAAUUGCAGCCUGUUCGCUUCCCUCAAAGACACGGACCUGAUAGCUCCUUCAGAACCUCUGAUCCAGGGAAACCUGGGAAGUGAUUUCAAAGUGGUCAGACAAAAACCGGCCUGUGUUAAUUUAUGUGACCUAGUGUAUGAAAAUGCCAAGAACAGGAAGCCAGUUGAGGUGUUAGCCGAAAGACCCAUCUCUUUCGGACCAGCUUAUACCUCCACAGACUCCUUAGAUGACCGCCUAUCGAGCCCUGGGGUCCCAAACGCAGACUCCAAAGUUUCUUUUGAAGCUCACGUGAGGGAGAAGUUCAAUCGGAUGGUAGAAGCUGUGGAUAAGACGAUAGAGAAGAGGAUCGAUAAACUUACGAAGGAGCUGACUCAAAAGACUGCCGAACUGUUGGAAGUCCGGGCGGCUUUUGUGCAACUGACUCAGAAAAAGCAAGAAGUUCAGAGGCGAGAGAGGGCCUUGAACAGACAGGUUGAUGUUGCAGUUGAGAUGAUUGCUGUGCUGAGACAGCGCCUCUCAGAGUCUGAGGAGGAGCUUCUCAGAAAAGACGAAGAAGUUGUGACUUUCAAUCACUUCCUGGAAGCAGCAGCGGAGAAAGAACUUCAAGGGAAAGCCAGACUCCAGAACUUUAUUGAGAAUCUGCUACAACGAGUUGAUUUGGCAGAAAGACAGCUAGAAUAUUAUCAAAGUCAGCAGGUUAUGGGACACUGCAAUGAUGUCAGCGAAAAUGUGUUUACAGACAUCUGCUCAAGUAGGAAGCUCAAAUGCCUAAGUCGAGGGAACUCGUAUUCUGCUGGUAACAAUCUUGAUCUCAAACCACAUUUCCACCCAAAAGGAAGAAUCUUUCUGAAAAAGACCAAGGAUGAUAAAACCAGCAUGCAGCCGGCUAAAUUAUUUCAUGAACCAGCUGAUUCCCCAAAGGAGCUCUGGAGAGCAUCCAAGAAAGGUGAACCCUUGGGUGCCACCCGAAAGGUUAAUGUCAAAUCUAAAAUGGUGAAAAAGAAACAGACAGUUCUAGUGAAUAUAGUGUAAAAAUGGUGGUGGUUCAGGGCUACCCGCCUUGGGCCUCUGGCAGAGUAAGUGCGUGAUCUGGUAUUGAUUUAGCCCAUACCCUGGCACCUCACCUUUAUCGAGUAGGGAUAUUAAGCAUUCAUAUUAUUUAUUUGUCAGGUUUGCAUAAAAGAAAUCUUCCUCAAGUUACAUUUUUCCAUUUUCAAGGGCUUUCUUGUUUUGCUAGAGGCAUGUGUAACAUGACUUGGGUGCCUCUCUGUACUGUUCUAUGGCUGUGCAUUCUGUAUCCCAAGACACCGGUGCCAGCAUGUCGGCUAUAUAACUCUGUGGCUGUGAAGUACAGUAGAAUCCAUUUAAUCAGCACCCAGAUCUCAUCGGGGUGACUAGCAGGUAUAAUAUUCAGAGUCUUUCAUUCCAGGGUCUGUGAACGCUAGAUAAGUGGACACACCUGGUCCAGGUUAAUGCAGUAUCAUAUCUAGGGUUGUCUGCCAGUCCCCUCUGUAGUAGCUAGAGGUGUGAAUUUGUCUUAAAUAGCCUGGCUUCCCCCCUUGGACUGCCCUUAUCUUCAUUCUGAGCUGCUUCUGUGCUACCUUGUGACUGAUGAAUUCGUGGACCUAGCCUCUAAGCUGAUAUUUUAAAUGUUGAGUGCUGUAACCUGCCUGUAUUUUAAUUAAUCCCUGAAAUAGAACCUGUGUGGGCCUGCAUACUGUGUACACCAGUGAGUCCCCUAAAAGCUAUGUCUGUUUCCAGAAAAGUGUGUCUAUUAAGAGGAUUCUACUGUAUCAUCAUUUUCUUCUAAAAGGAAUUUCCAAGAUUUCUGAUCAUAAUUCCUCAUUCAGCAUUUCAACUGCUAUCAUUUUUGUACAUUUUUUCAAAAAUGCCUUCAUUCUAUGUAUAAUUUAUUUUUAAAGACUCAAGAAGCAAGUACGUGUGACUCUGUGGAGGAUUAUUCUAAAACUAUGUCUGGAAAGGUCUUUGUAAAUUGAACUCUUUAAUUCCCUCCCCCCAAAUAUUAUUAUAACCUAAUUAUCAAUAGUGGAAAAGCAUAUCAACAUGCUUGCUUGUCUGCUGCUUACUGUAAUAACAGGGUUUUGAAAUGAAUCAUAAUGAAUUACAGUGACAAUGAAUUACAGUCAGUUCUUUUUUAAAGUAAAUUUUCAGUAUGCAUUUAUGGAAAGAAUAUGAUGGAAGAAUCAGAAUGCCUUUCUGGCAGCCUGCUCUUGCCUACAUAGAAAAUUAUGCAAUGUUGAAAGAAAUGGUUGGGAGCCAGUGUGUGGCAUCAGACAAGACGUGAAUGUGAUAAAUCAAGUUUACCCUAGUUCAGAGUUCUUUAAGAAUGCAAGCCCUGCAUCAUUGGUGAACUGACUGUGGUGGAAAUGCAUGUAAAAUGAAGCACAUACCAUAUUUACUUGCAUAACUUCUCCACUCUUUCUGCAUAUUAAAAAAAGGUAAGCUCUGGAGUCAUUGAAAAAUUAAGUCUAGAAAUAAGGGAAGAAAAUGCAAAAGAUGAGAAAAGAAGAGGCAAGGAAGAGUAAUGAGGACUGCAUGUCUUAUUUCUGUUACACCCUCCAAAGUGCUGCAUACAAUAGAUAUUCAACAAUUAACACCCCCCCGUGUGUGUUCUCAAGUUCUCACCCUUCUGCUCUUCCUCCCCAGGAUCAGAUCACUCUCCCCAACCUCCUGUGUCACUGUGUUUUCAACAAUCGGCUUCUUCUUCCCAGCUUGUAAAUGAACUCCCCCUAACAUGUUUUUCCAGUUCUCUGGUCUGAUCCUCCCCUCUCCAGGUGGGCCCUAUCACUAUUUACAAUUAAAUGGGGCCAAAAAUAAUGUUUUAUUUCCUCCUCAUAAAGGAAGUAGAGCAAUUAUGUGAGUAAAUAUGGUAUCUAGUUACCUAAAAUAUCUUAAAAGUCUCCUCCUAAGAUCAUUUGGAUUUCUGCUGACACUAGUGCAACAUUCAAUUAUAUGGAGUGUUUCCAGGGAAGAAAUUGGUGUGAGUAUCACUGUUUAGUUUGAUAAUCAUGUUGUAAAAAAAAUUCAGGUACUGUAAGUUGUAAUGUGAUCUUAAUAUUUAUUUGGAAGACCUCCCAAUGACCAGUUGUUAUUUGUUAUCACUUUAUAACCUUCUUGCACUUUAACCUUGUAAAUCAUAUUGCAUGUCCUCCUUUUGUCAGGUAAUGUAGGUAUGAUAAUAAUGACAACUUAUGUGUUGCAUAUCAUGUGGGCUAAAAUGAUUUACCCCUUUCUAGUUCUGCUCCCAUUUCCAGUUUCCUUUUAUAUGCCUAAAGGAAAUUUCAGCCCUCUUUUGACAGAUAAUGAACAGUGAUCUUCAGAAAACACUACAGUGUGUCUAUACUUACUGUCCGCAUUAUAAAGAAGAAAAAAAAUUAGGAUCUCAGUAAUUUUUCACAUAGGUAUCUGUUAUGUUUGGUCGUUAAAUUGCUUUUAAAGCCAAAACUGCAGUUAAAUUCUCACCCAGUUUUGGAGGUCACAUAAGGUAUGGGUAUCAACAUGAGUCCUUGCAUCAUGUAGCAAAUAUGAGCUCACUGCUGAGGCCUGUAGGAAAACUUGAAAUGUAAGGCCUGCCUCACCCUGGGAGUUGCUUCCUUGUGGCCCUAAACCUCAGUUUGUCCCCCAGAGAACCUGGGUGUGUAUCAGGGCCUCUUCUGUGUCUUUCAAAAUGUCUCUUCUAUCUCACAGGGAGUGAACGGGAAUCAUGAGGUAGAACAACUAGCUUUUUGUCUUUGCAAUCUUGGAAAUUACAUGGAAAAAUGCAUUGUAUUGAACUGAAUCAUUAAUUUAUUCUAUAUUACUUGAAAUCUUGCUGUUUAACUCAACUUAAAUAUCUUACAUCUUCUUUUACUCCAUUUCCAAAGUUCAAGUUACUUAAAGACACUGUUUUCCAACCCUCUGCAGGGCCGGCCAUUUGCAGAGAUGUUGGAAUGUACUAUUCCCAGAAAAAAGAAAUGUUUUUAGAUUAUAAAGCAAAUCUAAUAAUAAAGAUAUAUUUCUGAGUA